AUGUUCAGUUUCAAGGCGUGCCUGCUGGCACUCAGCGUGGUGGUCAACCUGGCGACCGUGAAUGCGACAGGGUUGGGCCUCGCGGAGAUCGACCUUGUGUUUCCGCGUAACGACACGUUUGAGCCCAUGCCACUCAUGCCUAUCGUCUUCGCUGUUAAGAAUAAUCCGGCCUUUCAGCAGAUAAGCCCUUCUAUGACAUAUAAGGUGGGCUUGUUACACCGGGGAAAGGGGGGGAAUUCCACCUUCUUACCCCUCCAGCCACUUUCUACGGACGAUCUUGUCGACAACAAAACAGAGACACAGUUCGUGUACUUUGGAAUCGCCAAUCACUUUAACACGGAGAACACCUGGGAAUUCGGAUGGUCAAUGAGCUGGUCUAACUGCUCCACAUCUGACAACGGCACCGACUAUGACAAUGCCCAUACACGAAACGAUGUAGACGGUUUCCACGAACGAUACUACGACGUCUAUCAGAGUAUCAUCUUCACCACCAAAAAAGGGGGCCGUCAGGCGAACCUGACUACCCUCACUACCGACGAGGACUGUGGCAAAACUCCGGCGUUUGCCUUUGAAGUAAUUCAGACCCUUACCAACCCCACAGAAACUUUCCUGGGUCAAAGCGACAGGGGCCCCCGAAAUGUGCUCUUCUCGCAAGCCCCACACCCACUCUCAGUCCUUGUAAAGCUAGCAUGGCGCCUGAAGCGGCCUCGAGCAUCACCUCGAGUCUGA